GAGAGAAUGCUAGAAGAGGUACCAGUGUAAAAUGAGAUGCUGAACAUUGGAGGGAUGCUGACUGGACACCUGCUGCUGAGUCAAGGACUAAAGAACUGAAAGAUGAUUUAGAAUCAAGCUGACUAGAGAAAAUGAAGAGAAAUCUCCAAUUUGCAGGCAGAAGAGUGAAUGGCCAAGUGAAUAAAAAGGAAAAGAUUAGACGAGCUCUUCAGAGGGAGCAGUGAAGUGUGGCAAGUUGUGUGAAUCCGAGGGAAAAGAGUAAAAGAGAGCAAUCUAGCAAAAGUGAAAUAGGUUGAAGAGAUGGGAUUUUUUUUUUUCACCUGACCAGGAAAUUGGCACUCUUCAUCAUCAUCAUCACGGAGCAGCGUUAACUGCAUAUUUACAAGGAUAAGGAUGAACGACAUCAAUUAUCAUGGCACAGAUUAAGUUAAAAACAUCAAAGUGAGCAUCAUCAGAGAACAAACUGAAUCAACCGGUGUGUUGGAUGAAGUGCACUGAUCCAGAGCAGUUAAUCUGUCCAGACACCUUGGAGGAAGGAUCAUCCUUUUUAAUGCCUUUCUUAAAUCUCCAGCUUUCUCUCUCACAACAUCCAUCUCUCCACUUGCAUUCUCUUCUGUCUUUUUCACUCUCUUAGCCUCACUCUCCUUCUUCUGCUAUUCUUCGUUCUGGGAUGGAGUGAUUUCAGGAGUGGAUAGUAGCCAUGCCUGUAAUGAAGGGGCUCCUGGCCCCCCAGAAUACUUUCCUGGACACCAUCGCCAAGCACUUCGACGGCACCCACAGCAACUUCCUGCUGGGAAACGCGCAGGGCUGUCGUGGUUAUCCUAUCGUCUACUGUUCCGAUGGCUUCUGUGAACUGACUGGCUUUGCACGAACUGAGGUCAUGAAGAAGACAUGUACAUGCCGCUUUCUCCACGGAGAAGAAACGAGUGAGAGAGUGACUCAGCAAGUGCAGAAGACUCUGGAAGGCCAGAGAGAAUACCAGGCUGAAGUCCGCUACUACAGGAAGAAUGGAACUUCGUUCUGGUGCCUGCUGGACAUUGUGCCUAUAAAGAAUGAGAAAGGAGAGGUGGUGCUGUUCCUCUUUUCCUUCAAAGACAUAACUGAUUCGUACGGAAAGACACACCACUGCUCCAAGAUGCAGGAAGAUGGCACUCAGAACAGGAAGUCCAGCCGCUCUCAUCUCACUCGUGCGCGCGAGCGGGGGCGGAGUGUCCUGUACCACCUGACCAGUCAGUUCACCAAUAGAAACAAAGAGAAACUGGCAAAUAAUGUUUUCCCGAAGCCAACUCUCCCUGAAUACAAGGUUGCGUCAGUCCAGAAGUCCCGCUUCAUCCUGCUCCAUUACAGCGUCUGCAAAGCAUUGUGGGACUGGUUAAUCCUCCUAGCGACGUUCUACGUGGCCGUCACCGUCCCUUAUAACGUGUGCUUCUCCGCCCCCGACGACAGUAACCACGAUGACCCGGAGUGUGACUCCUCCUACCGAAGCACUAUCGUCAGCGACAUAGCAGUGGAGAUGCUCUUCAUCCUCGAUAUCAUCUUGAAUUUCCGCACUACUUACGUGGGGCCGGCCGGGCAGGUGGUGUAUGAUGCACGCUCCAUCUGUCUUCAUUAUUCUGCCACCUGGUUCAUCCUGGACCUCAUCGCUGCCCUGCCCUUUGACCUGCUCUAUGCCUUCAACAUCUCGGUGACAUCUUUAGUGCACCUGCUGAAGACGGUGCGUCUGCUGCGUUUGCUGCGUCUGCUGCAGAAGGUGGACCGGUACUCGCAGUACAGCGCCGUGGUACUCACGCUCCUCAUGUCCGUCUUCGCUCUGCUCGCACACUGGCUCGCAUGCGUCUGGUACGUCAUCGGCCGCAAAGAGCUCACCAGCAACGACCCAGUUACCUGGGACAUCGGCUGGCUGCAGGAGCUGGGGAAGCGCUUGGAGACUCCUUACACAAACGGCACAGUUGGCGGGCCUUCCAUGCGCAGCGCCUACAUUGCAUCGCUCUACUUCACCCUUAGCAGUCUGACCAGCGUGGGUUUCGGCAACGUCUGUGCCAACACUGAUGCCGAGAAGAUCUUCUCCAUCUGCACCAUGCUCAUUGGUGCUCUGAUGCACGCCGUGGUGUUUGGCAACGUGACAGCCAUCAUUCAGCGCAUGUACUCGCGCCGUUCCCUCUACCACACACGCAUGAAGGAUCUUAAGGACUUUAUCCGUGUGCAUCGCCUGCCUCAGCAGCUAAAGCAGCGCAUGCUGGAGUACUUCCAAACCACCUGGUCAGUUACCAACGGGAUCAAUGCUAAUGAGUUACUGCACGACUUCCCAGAUGAGUUACGGGCCGACAUCGCCAUGCACCUCAACAAGGACAUCCUGCAGCUGCCCCUCUUCUCCUCUGCCAGUAGAGGGUGCCUGCGCUCACUCUCUCUGCACAUCAAGACUUCUUUCUGCGCUCCGGGUGAAUAUCUCAUCCGGCACGGAGAUGCCCUACAUGCUCAUCACUUCGUUUGCUCCGGAUCCCUCGAGGUGCUUAAGGAUGGGAUGGUGCUUGCCAUAUUGGGUAAGGGAGAUUUGAUUGGAGCAGACUUGCCUGGGCGGGAUCAGGUGAUCAAGGCCAAUGCGGAUGUGAAAGCUCUGACCUACUGUGACCUGCAGUACAUCAGUAUCAGGGCGAUGCGCGAGGUCCUCGAGCUCUAUCCUGAAUACGGCAACCGCUUCAAUGAGGACAUUCAUCACAACCUCACGUACAACCUCAGAGAGGGUCAGACUCGAUUUCCUCGCUCUCCAAGAAUCUCACAGGGCCGUUCUGACUCCCUCCUUACUCCUGAGCCAAAAUUGCCCUUUAUUGUGGAGGCUGAGGAUGAGGAUGAUCCAGGACAGGAAGUAGGCAGGCAGCCGUUGCUCUCCAGCAUGGAAGGAAACUCAAACCAUUCUGCUCUGAGCGCCAUGUUAGGGGAAGAGCUACGCCAUUUCGGCAUGCUCCGCCUUUGCCGCUCUCCAACCCAAGGCUACCGAGGACAGAGUCCUUCCCCCCACCCCCCAGCCAGUGAAGAGCUGUGCCCCCCUGUGAUCGACACGGGCCCCGUCAACCGUCCAGCCAAGCUGCUCAUCCCCUCACUUACCUGCGUCAGUCCACUAGACCUGAGCCCCAGGGUUGUGGAUGGUAUUGAGGAUAAUGAACCAGCAUUUCACUUCAAUGUGGAGCCCAGUGAGGUCACUUCUAAUCGAAGAGCCAAAGAUCCCUUACAGGUGAAUGCCAACCUUUUACUUGAGACAGAAGAAGUUAGACAAAGCAUCUCCCAACUCAACACAGAGAUGAACCGCUUGAACCAGGAAGUGUCCAAUCUGGCCAAAGGUCUGCAUGAGAUGAUGCACUUCUUACAUACUCAUGUGACCAUGCCCCACUUCCCUUCCUCUGUCCCACCAUACUCGUCUUUUAGCCUCCAUGCACAAACCAGCAACACCAGCCUGACACCAUCCCCCUCUGACUGGCCACCUCGGAUGUCUUUCAACCUGGCCACAGCUCCCAGCUGUGGCUGCGGAAGAGGCUCUGUUCUGGGACAGGAAGUAGAAAUGGAGCAUCUCCAUCCACCUCCCAGUCCUCCACACAGCACCUGCCCUCACUCUCUGUUCUGCCCUGAACAGGAAAGACUCUCUGCCUUGGGACUGGAGAGUCAGCCGAGUCCAUACCAGACAUCCAGGACAACACCAAAUUCGCAAUACAUGGGCCACUCAGCUGGCCGGGCGGUGCCCUGUCUCCUCAGCUUGGCUCCCAGCUUCCCCUCAGUCUCAGGACCUAGCAGGAUGGCACCUCAAACAAACUCUCCAAGUAAAGCUUUGUGUUCUCAUGGAAGUCUCAGUCAGUCACACUCCACUCUAAGCCUGCAGACCACCCCUGACCUCACAUGCCAACGUUCCACACCCAUCCACAUCUCUCUUACACCAACUGGGCAAUCACAGCCCUUUACAGCCGUCAGUCCGCUUAUGCAUGCUGGGAUUUGUAGCCCGAGCUCCUUACACUUGCCAACAGGGCCUAGACAGAAUGACCUGGUCGGGUCCAGUCCUGUUCACCUGCAUGACCCCACCCCAACCCCCACUGGGGAAAUGACUGAUACAGAGAGCCUGGGUCCUGCAGGGGUCUAAAUACAGUAUUUACUACAUUUCUUUCACAAUUCUUUCAGUGUAAAGACGUGCAUUGCAUGCCAGUUCCUCCAAAAAAGCAGUGGUGUUGCAAAGAGUUUACAGUCUGCAUAGAAAUUUGCAUUUGUUUUUUUUUUGUUUUGUUUUUUUUUUGCUUUGCUUUGACACUAUUACCUCAUAAUCUCCAUUGCAGCUAGCUUCACCAAAGAACAAGUGCUGCCUGGCAUUUCAAACUAAAUGAAACAUGAAUGUUUAAAUGACAACAUGUAUAGCAUACAAACAUACACAAGUAUGAUGUAGAGAGCUAAAACACAUGGCGUUAAAGAUAUUUCAGAGGAAGGAGGGUUCUAUAUAUUUCUAGUCCCUGAGCAAAUGCAGAUUCUGUGAGCUCACUUCCCAUUUCUUGAAAAGUUUUUAGUCCAAGCCCCUUGAAGGCCCCCGCCACCUACAGGCCCAGUUCCAGUACUUCCCAAGCGUGUCACCCAUCAAAGGGAACAAAAAAGGGCCGUUUUUAAAUUUAUUUCCACAGGCAGUUUUCUGAUCGAGGUAAUUUUGUUAGACAUGUUCUACAAGAGGAUUGAACCAGUUUGUCUCUGGUUUUCCAGGUCAAAACAGUAUUUCUAUGAAAAGGUUUGGUUUUGACUUGAGUAUAGCAAGUAAACAUAACGAUUCAGGGCGUCCAGGCUGCAUCAGGUACGGUAUUGAGAAAUAACAACAGCAGCAACAAUAAAACAAUGUAUAUAGCAAAUGUAGUGGAAUGUCCUAGAUCGCUCCAUGGGGCCUGAACCAGGCAACUCAUCCCAUGCGGAGAAAAACGACAGUGAGAUAAGGGCGGCCCUGGGAGUCCUGAUCUCAUAUCAGCUCCUCCUUGUCUAAAAAAGCUCACUCAUUAGUGUACGAAUGGCAGUCGCUGAUAUGGCAGCAGAAGAGAGGAGUAUCUUCCACUGAAGUGGCUGAAACAUAAUCCGCCCUUAUGUAUCACCCAAGCGGCCAUGUGCAGCACGUGGAGGAGGGUAAAGCAGAAGCAUAUGCUCCCAUACACUCAAUGUGAUUCUUCACCUGUGUGUUUUAGAUGAAAAGAUCCUGAAGACACUUACAUUUUGGCCCUGGAUUAGUCUCUGUGUUGCCAGCAGCAAAGUUCAGCAAGUUUUAAACACCAAUUAAAAGUAGGCUACUUAAAAAUAGGAUAACAUUCACUAGGACUUCGCAAAUAGGACACCAAGGUCAUCCUAUUUGCAGUGACAACCCUGGUGAGCAAGAUUUACAAGGAAUUACUUGUGCUCUGUCCAUUUGAGCCAAAUAAUUAUUAUACAAUGUCAACAUAAUGUUCGCCUAUUUGUUUUAUUUAAAAGUACUGAAAAUUACUUUUAAUUAUUUACUUUUUAGUGGGUGGUUCAGUGGUGCAGGGGGCAGUUGGAUCCUGAGCUUGGGUUUGAUUCAGGGUUUGAUGACUUUGAUUCAGGUUCUCUGGUUUUCUCCCACCUUCCAGAAAUAUGCUGGUAGAUGGCUCCAGAAAUAUGCUGCUAGAUGUAUUGGCUACUCUAGUUGUCCCAUUCAGGAUAUAUUCCCACCUCAUGGCCAGUUUUCCCAGGACGGGCUCCAGAUCCAUCACAACCCUGACAGAGAUAAUGUAUUAAGUGAAGAUGAAAGACUGAAAGUUAAAGUAUUGAAGUGUUUGGCACAUUGUAUUAUUGUAGUAUUGAAAAAGUGUCUACGUUUCGCAGAGCAGAUACACUUGCACUGGUCAGGAAACACAGUGUAGUUGGGAAUUUCUUUGAAAAGAAAAGACACAAGUGCUGGUUAGCUAACUACACAGGUUGCUAGCAUGCUAGCAGAAUAAAAUAAUAAAUCUAUGACAGCUGUCAUUUUCUAGAUGGAAUAGUCAUCUACAUAAAACAUAUUUUAACAUAUCAAAUCAUUCACAUAUUUAUUUCUCGUUUGAAAUAGUAAAAAUGUAUUGCUCAAAAGAGUGUAAUGCAUUCUGAGCAAGUAGUGCAUCUUAUUCUGAACUGCCUGUGCAAUUGAGAUUGCAGUUGGAGCUGCUCAAGGGUCUGAUUUAAAAAUACUUUCUGGAACGCAUGCUACUUUUUCUACCGUGGAUAUGCUGCUUGAGUUCAUUUGUGCAGCCUAAAGUUAAUGUACUAUAGAGAAGCCAAUACUGGCACAAAGAAUGCUGUGCUAAUUAAAUUUCCACGCUGCAUGAUCUUACUUUGAGAUAUUUCCUUCUGUGUUUUCUGUGUUUUGUUCUUUCACUGCUUUUGUUGUUUAGAUCACAGCACGGCGACAGAAGGGAAUGUUUGUAAGUCUUGCCAUUAUAAGUUUCGAGUAGCUUAUCGUUAGGGUUUCCAGUUUUUUUUUCUGAGGUACCAGUUAUUAAAUGCUGCAGUAAUAUUAUCCUCCACACUUUCUAAUGAAAAAGCUUCUUGAAGUUAGUGCACAGGUUUUCUGGCUGUAUGAGGAUUCUAUUUUCAUAUUUAUUUUUUACUAAUUAUUAAAUGUCUUGCUGAUUUGUUAUAGCAUUUUAAGGCUUUUUGCCCGUAAAAACAUAAACUUGUCCAUUAUUGCAUUUUUUAAAGGUUUUAUGAAUUAUCUUAAAAUUCUGAAAAUGUGUUUGAUUGAGUUUUGGUGUCCUAUUUGUAUUUACGGAACAUAAUUAUUUUUUGUUUUUGCUCUGUAAAGUAAAAAAAGUGUAUUGUUUCAUUGCAUUGA